AGCCGCCAAGGCACUACCAGCCUUCUGAACAACUUCGAGACGCCAGCAGCCAGGAUCAUAUGGAUGAUAACAUCCCGACGAACAGCCUACAGGCCAUGACGGAGAUCAGCUUUGCGCCUGUUGGAUAUUCCCUCCCUGUCUAUUAUCAUUCUUUUUCCUGGAAAACGAGGCACAACAAUUAUUAUACUCCGUACAUACGCCAAACGGAGAAAACAAAACGGCUACCAGGCUUUAGGUUUGCUAGUGUGGAAACUUUUACUAACGGGCGACUCUGACCGCGAUUGGCCAAUCGAUAUAUCCAAAAUUCCUUGCCAGCCUAUCCAGUCGACGUCGGUAUGAUGAUCAAAGAAUGUACUUGUGGGGGUGGUGCGUCACACCAAUAAUAGAAACACAAUCUCAUUGAGAAAGAGAAUUGAGGAGGCUCUUGAGCACUGAGCAGUGAGCACAGAGCAGACAGGGUGUGGAGACAGUGGAGAGAAAAUAAUGCUUUAGCAUAGUAGAAGCCUCAAGCGCUGAGAUCGGUGCAUUUUGAACAGUCCUGCCCAGGCUGCCCACGGAAGUGCGGGCCAUUUUGGCGGAACUCGCCAAGAACCAAGGCUUCCCACUGGUCAGGACGGCUUGCGCUAUCCAUGGCUCUGCCUGAAGCCAAGAACCUUGAGGCCGCGGCGGAGAGGGGGCGAUUUCAUCAUCGGAAAUGCCGGAGCAUUUUGUUAUCGGGGCUUGGUACUGUGAGAGGAAUCCCGGAGGCGAUUGUAUAAAGCCGACGAUAUUCCCACUCUGGCUGCUUCGUUGCCCUUCUCAUCUUGCCAGGCAUUCUUUCCCUUCUAUAGUAACAAUAACUAAUAUCAAAUCUUUCACUUUUCUCCACAUUAAGAUUUGACGUCAAAGAGGAAGCUACUAUCCAUUCGUCAUCAGUCCUUCGUUCUUCCCUUCUUGCCUUCUUGGAAAGGCAGGGUAAAGAUUGAUAUAUAUUGUCAUCACGCUGCAGCUCUAUAUAUGAUAUCCAGGAUAAUAAUGAGACUGGCUCACCAUAGUCGUUGAUAUUCUCUAGCUAUAUCAUCCUCUUGUCUUGUUAGACUUCCGUCUGAUCUAUAUACCGAAUGGGUCUACUGACCCAACAACAUCUUUUGGUUAUUCAAGCUCCGAAUCUCACCACGCCUCUUUUUAGGCCAUUCUACGUUUCCACUUCGCUUGAUUACGGCUAAUAUCCCGGUUACCAAUCUGCUCAUUCGUCUUUAACAACUCUUUUCCGAAACCUUGAUCUGUCUGUAGCAGACACGAUCACCAAACGAUCUAGUGCCUACCCGUUCAAAGGAAAUAAACACAAGUUACAAAUAUCAUAGGAAGGUCUCUGCGCAAUGGGACGCCCCAAGGAGUAUGCUAAACAAGAGUAUGAGAAACAUCCUUUUCUGCUUUCUAUCGACGAGAUUACCCAGGUCCUUAAUACGAACACGGAAACUGGCAUAUCCGAUGUCAACGUCGCGAAACUCCAAGAUGAGUAUGGGCCCAACCGCUUGCACGGGGAGGGGGCAGCGAGGUGGUAUACUCUGCUGGGGAAACAAAUUUCAAAUGCCAUGAUCCUGGUCCUUGUUUUAGCCAUGGCCCUCUCAUUCGGUGUUUCCGACUACGUUGAAGGAGCUGUGAUCACCGCUGUUAUCGUGAUAAAUGUCGCUGUCGGUUUCUACCAAGAAUUCAAGGCGGAAAAGAAGAUGGAGUCUCUCCGCUCCCUCUCCUCGCCAUCCGCCACCGUAAUUAGAAAUGGCCAUGAGAUAACCAUCCCAUCCGGCGAAGUUGUACCAGGCGAUAUUGUUCAGGUCAAAAUGGGAGACACCAUUCCUGCUGACCUUCGACUCUUCGAAGCCAUGAAUCUCGAGUGCGAUGAGAAGAUCCUAACAGGUGAGGCUGUUCCGGUGGCCAAGGAAACCGAUUUCAGCCCUACUGGAACUGAGCUGGAGACUGGCGUCGGAGACCGCCUGAACAUGGCUUACUCUUCUGCAACUGUCACCAAAGGCCGUGGUCGCGGCAUCAUCGUCUUCACCGGCAUGUACACCGAGAUCGGUAAAAUUGCACAAUCUAUGCAAGGUAAAAAGCGCAAAGCUGGUCGUUCUAUGUCCCGAAAGAAGCAUGGAAACAUGCAACCACUCAAGGGUGGCGCUCUUCGCGUCUGGGACAGCAUCGGUAAAUUCCUGGGCCUCACAGAGGGGACACCAUUGCAGAUCAAGCUCAGCAAAUUGGCCUACGUACUAUUCGGAUGCGCUCUCUUGCUUGCUAUUAUUGUCUUCGGUGUUAAUCGCUUCAACGUUACAAGCGAGGUGGCCAUCUACGCCAUUUCUACAGGUAUUGCUAUCAUUCCUGAGUCCCUUAUUGCUGUCCUAACCAUCACUAUGGUUGUUGGCAUGACCCAGAUGAGAAAGCGGAAAGUGGUUGUCCGGCAACUAAGUGCUCUUGAGGCUCUGGGCGGUGUCACUAAUAUCUGCUCUGACAAAACGGGAACACUUACCCAAGGCCAAAUGGUAACCCGCAAGGCCUGGAUUCCUGGUGUUGGUAUUUAUAGCCUCCAAAAGUCCGAUGAUGCCACCAAUCCCACUCGAGGGAUUAUCACUUUAGGGAAAUAUCCAGCUUCGAAACAGGAGGCAGAACUGGAGCGGGAGCGCAAACGUGCUGAGCAGGACGCACUGCGUUCUACAGCUGGCUUAAAAUUCGAUAUCCCCGCUGAGAAAGAGGAACGUGACCAACGUCGCAACGAGGAACGCAACGAAGGCCCGUCAGAGAAGGAGGACGAUGCUAUGCAGAAUGCGCUUCCUGAGAUGGUCCCAGAACUCGAGGCAUUUGUCCAAUGUGCCGCGCUGUGUAAUUUAGCAACUGUUCGCCAUGAUCCAGAGUCCGAUAGCUGGCAGACCAUGGGCGACCCUACUGAGGUUGCGCUCCAAGUGUUCUCUCACCGAUUUGGUCUUGGAAAAAAGACUCUUGAAACCGAACAAGGCUGGAAGCAACUAGCUGAGUACCCCUUUGACAGUAGUGUGAAGCGUAUGACAGUUAUCUACCGCCACGCCGGUGAACCUGGAACCAUUGUUUUCACGAAAGGUGCUGUCGAACGGAUCCUUGACCUUUGCACCACCGUUGGGAUGGGAGACAGUCAAGAGCCCAUGACUCCAAAACUUAAGGAAGAUAUCCUUGAGCAAAUGGACUUCCUUGCUGGACAGGGUCUACGUGUGCUUGGAAUCGCGCGGAAACCUGGCCCUGUUGAAGUUGACCCUCAUUCGCAAAUCCCCCGAGAGGAAUUCGAGAAAGAUUUGACACUUCUCGGUCUGGCUGGUUUGUAUGAUCCCCCUCGGUUGGAAACCAAGGAUGCCGUUAAAGAAUGUACUAUGGCUGGAAUUCGUGUUCACAUGCUUACUGGUGAUCAUCCAUCAACCGCUACAGCCAUUGCAAAGGAAGUUGGUAUCCUUCCACGCAACCCGGGAGCGUUAUCAGCCGAGGAGGCGAACUCUUUGGUGAAAACAGCUGCGGAGUUUGACGGCUUGACUGAUGAGGAAAUCGAUGCCUUGCCUUCUCUCCCUUUGGUAAUUGCACGGUGCGCCCCUGAUACAAAAACUCGAAUGAUCGCUGCUCUCCAUCGUCGCCACAGAUACUGUGCCAUGACUGGAGACGGUGUAAACGACGCUCCAUCACUCCAAGCUGCAGAUGUUGGUAUCGCUAUGGGCAUGGCUGGUUCAGAUGUGGCUAAGUCUGCCUCUGAUAUUGUGCUCACGGAUGAUAAUUUCGCAAGCAUUGUCAAUGCAAUUGAGGAAGGUAGACGCAUGUUUGAAAAUAUUCAGAAAUUCAUUCUCCAUCUUCUCACUUCCAACGUGGGUGAAGUUGUACUCCUUAUUGUCGGACUUGGUUUCCAGGACAAGUCAGGGAUCUCCGUUUUCCCGCUCUCACCGCUGCAGAUUCUCUGGAUUAACAUGUUGACAUCUUCAUUCCCUGCGUUUGGCCUUGGUCGCGAAAAGGCCUCUACCUCCGUGAUGCAUCGUCCACCACACGAUACCAAAAAAGGUGUCUUCACUUGGCAAAUAAUCGCGGACAUGAUGGUCUACGGUGUCAUCAUGGGAGCCUGUACGCUUCUCACGUUCGUCAUUGUGGUAUAUGGUGUCGGGAAUGGACAAGACGAUCUGGGACUCGAUUGUAACGGUUCGUCCAAUGAUAGCUGCGAUGUCGUGUUCCGUGCCCGUGCCGCCGUCUUCGCUGAACUCACAUGGCUCAUCCUCAUCUCCGCAUGGGAAUUUAAACACCUUCGCAACAGCAUGUUCAAUCUAGAUCCGCUGCGUGAUCGUAGCGAGGACCGUUUCCCCUCAAUCCCACUCUUCCACGACGUAUAUGAGAACAAAUUCCUCUUCUGGGCUGUGGUUAUCGGGUUCGUCUCAGUCUUUCCCGCCGUCUAUAUCCCCGGCCUAAACACGCAAGUUUUCAAGCACCGUGGUAUAACCUGGGAAUGGGCAUUAGCAUUUGGAUCCAUAUUUAUAUUCGUGCUUGGCGUGGAGGCUUGGAAGCUGGUAAAACGAAGGACCGGCUGGUUCGCGGAAGGAGAGGACUAUGGCACUGGGGCUGGACUGGGUCUGCGGCGACGCUGGCCAAGCCACGAGUUGGGCCUCAGACAGGGAUUCUUCUCCUUUGCUCGCACGCUGACGAAGGGAAGCGAGAAGAGCUUUAGUCCGGAGAGUGAGAGGUCCAGUGUUACUGGGAGAGAUGGCAAUAAUGGUCGUGUGCGGAGCGCCCAUGCACAUGUUCCUGCUCCCCGACGAGUGAAGGAGGAGGUCUGAAGCUGCAGAAAAGGGAUAUGAUGAUACUUGUCAUGGCUUUUAAACACUGAUUUUUACAAUUUCUUUUCUCUUUUUUGUUUUUCUUUUGCCCAAAUUUUCCGUAUUUCCUCUGAUAUACGAUUUCUUCAUUAGGAUACCUAAAGUUGUCGCAAAAUGUGUGUCGUUUUUUCAAAGUUUGAUGCUCGAAACAGCGCGAAUUUGCCAUCAAGGGUUGUUUUUACAGAAGCGUGAGUGGAAGCGAAUUGGGGUUGUCAAUGGGUGUUUGGAUGCAUGACAAAAUGGCUGUUCAAUUUUUGAUGGUGAUUGUUGACAAAGAAUACUCGUUUCUAGAUAAAUUUGCUCUCCCUGUUUUUUUUUUUUUUUUUUUUUUUUUUUUUUUGAGAGGGGGGUUUAGUUAGAGAUGAAUCUAGUUAUAUAUACGAUAAAUAAUUCAUAUAUUCAUAUAAGAUCAUUGAGUUAGAAUUUAAUUAUCGCCAGCACUUCGUCGUGCGAGUUGGGCAACGCAAACUCAUCUUCGUCUGGACAACUCCUCCACGUUCAAGCGCCAAGCCAAAGGCCCACGGCCAGAGGAAACAGAACAACUUUCGCCCCACUGAUACAGCCUGCAUUUCAAGACUCAAGAGGGGUACGUGGGAUGGGAUCGGAUAGCGGGCACAACCAGGAAUAUCCACUCCCACAUCAGGCGUCCCGGAAGAUUUUGGAACCCUCGUGCAGACUGUCUACAGACUGAAGCCAGCACCUGUAGAAUUUCUGAGGCAGUGUGUGGUGUUCUCUUUCGCCCUGAAUUGGUUGGAAGAA